ACGAAGUUGGCCCAUUUCCAGUUCUCGAUCAUGGCGACGCCCGAGGAACCGACGCCGGUUGCCGACGCGCCGGCCGUAGCCUUCACACCGCCGCCGCCGCCCAUUGACGUGACGCUGCCUGCCGAAGCGCCCGCAGAGGACGCGGCGGCGCCAGAGGCCACGCCAGUUGCCGCUUUGCCAGAGGCAGCUGCGGUAGUCAAUGCGCCAGUCGAGACGACGCCGCUCCUGGUCAAGCCGCCGCUCAAGCGCAUGACCAUGUCGCGCACCGACUCGGAGCGGCCGAUCCGGAAGGAGCUCAUCACGCUCUUUGCCUCGUGCACCAACUUGCAUCUGCCAUCGCUGCCGCAGUCGUUCUUCCAAUCGGUCUUCAAGAAGAAGAAUUCGGAGGCGUCGACGCCCGAAUGCAAGGUCGAGGUCGAGAUGCGCCGGCCAACUGACAACAUUGUUGUGCACGCGCAGGCCACCGAGCCGCGCCGGUCGCGCAACCCGUCGUACACGAUGGGCUUUACGAUCCCCAUUCCGCUCUCGACCAAGACGCCGCGGGGGUCGGCGGCGUCCUACUCGCUCUACUUUCGCGUCCAGCAGACCGACGUCGGGCUCGAAAAGAUUGUCGCGCGCGGUGAAAUCUCGUGUGCGACGCUUCUCGAGAGCUUCCGCCAGGGCUCGCCCGUCGUGCAUUUACCGCUGGCGAUGACAGGCGCGUCGGACGCGAUCCUGAGCCUCACGUUUGGCCGCGUCUUUCCCGUGAAACACUCGGUCGUGCCAACGCAGAACAUGCUCCUCCACAUGUACUCGCUCAACCCCGAGAAGGACGCGAAGGAGAUCCGCUCCAAGCGAACGCUGGUCGCGACCGAGGAGGUGCUCGAGGUCGGGUACCACGCGUCCGUGCCCCCGCUCUUGCUGCACCAAGCGUACAAGGAGACCGAGGCCCUGCACCGCCUCUGGACGAUCCGGUACAAGAACGCGCGCAAGGCCGCCAUGGACUUUACGUCCGACGAAGAGGCGCUCGCCAGCGGCUGCGACGUGUACGCGAUCGAGGUCAUUAGCGGCCGCGGGCUCAAGCUGCCGCCCAACCUCCCGCCGAUGGCGCCGACGCGCACGAGCCGGUCGUCGUCGUCGGCGUCGACUGCGACGGACGCGGCCAGCGUCACGCUCAACCCGUUCGUCAUGGUCAAGUUUCGCGAGACGACGAAAGGGAAGCGGCCGAUCGAGAUCUCCGAAGGCAAGACCAACGUCGAAAUGAACACGUCGGAGCCCAACUGGGCCGCCAACAUCGUGCUCGACACCAAGCCCAAGACGACGACGCUGGCCGAAGCAACGAGCAAGAAGGACGGGAGCACGCCCCGUCGUUCGCGCUCCAACAGCAAUGCGCACUCGCCCGUGAGCUCGUCGAGUAGCAAGAAGAACCAAAACUUUGUGUUUUACCGCCCGUCGCCCGUCAACGCGGACGGCCACAGCAGCAACCAUGCGCUCGAGCGCGUGCUUCAAUUUGACGUCGCGAGCGAGUGUGUGAGCCACCACGACGGCCAGAUCGAUAUUGGCCAAGUGCUCGUGCCCGUCAAGGCCAUCCUGUACGAAGGCUCGAACGACGUGUACGCGAUCAACGUGACCAAGUGGCUGCCAGUGCUCUCGCCGACGGGCGACGUGCGCGGUGAAAUCCUCCUGCGGAUCCAGCUGAAACGCACCACACUGCCGUUCCUCCUCGAGCCCGAAGACAUUCCGGGUCGCCACGGCACGCUCUUCAAGCUCGCCGACCCAGUGCGCGACAAGACGUGGCACAACAAGCUCGCCUCCGCCGACUCGACCACCAAGCAGCUCUCGAUUCCCGAGCUCCGGGACGAGGUCGCGGCCCUCGAAGCGUCGCUCUCGCAGCUCGCGCAAUGGAUCAACUACAACCACGACCACGCCGACGAGUGGUUCCGCUCGAGCAUGGACAAGGCCAAGACAGAGGUGCAGCCGUUUGCGACCAAUCUCCACGUGGCGUAUUUCCGGCUCUUCCGAGGCCCGACGCCGGUCGUGCGCGAGGCCGAAGCGUCGAUCGUGCCAGGGACCGACAUGUCGGCGUUCUUGAGCCGCCUCGACUCGACGUCGCUCGAUGACAUUGCGGUCUUGGAGCUCCAAGACAUGCUGGAAGUCGACGUGACGUACUCGACGGUCACGUGCGGCGCGCCGACGGCCCACAACCUCGGGGUCUCCAAAAGCGGCCUCAUCGAAAUGGAGGAGACGCUCCUGUCGUGCGAGAAGAGCAUGGUGCGCGUCCAGACCGAGUACGGUCUCCGAAAAGCCGUGUGUCUCUCGCAAGCGCUCAGCGUCCUCGUCACGACGUUCAUGACGCAGCUCGAACUCUGCGUGCAGCGCAUGGUGCCCAACCAUGACGCCAUCAUGGCGCAGUGGGCCGCGGUCGGUUUCCUCCUCGGCUGGGAGUCGCUCGUCUCGACGCAGGGCAAGGAGCUCCGGAUGCUCUCGGAUGCGUGGGUCGCCAUCAAGUCGCUCGAGCGCUUUGCCAUCCGCCUAGUCUCGGGCGACGUCGACAUGGAGCUGCGCGAGCGCGACGACGGGUACAUCCUCGAGCUGCCAGUGCCAUCGGUCCAUUUUGGCUCGCUCCCGCUUUCGCUGCAGGACGGGCAGCUCAUCUCGGUGACCGCCGUUCUCUUUACCCAAGGCAUCAACGAGAUGCAGACGCUGGCCAACGCUGUCGGCGCGCAAGGGAUUGAGCUCCAGACGCGCGUCAACGAAAAGAGUCUCAAGGCGCUGCAAAAGUACCUCGCGAGUCUCACCAGCACGCCUGGACUCGUCCACCACUGCGCGUCGCUGCGUCUCGAGCCGCUCGCGACGCUCAUCGGCAGCACGGAGAAGAAGAACACGCGCAUCCUCCUCGAAGCCUCCGACAACGUCCGGCGCAUGAACGGCGGCCGCGUCACGUUUUGCAAGAGCGGCAAAGAUCGCACGGCCAUGUCGGUGACCUUGGACCAAGCGCGCAUCCUCGGCAGCACGUGGAAGCAAGCGACGGUCCUCAUGAAGGAGUCGACGAUGGAGAAGGAGUGGCUCGAGAUCAAACCCAUCGCCAACUUUAUGCGCGAAUAUGGUGUGCGUAUCGAAGUCGCCAAGAAGAACGUCGGCCAAGCCCGGUAUUCGUUCAACAGCCUCCAGCGCAAGUGCCUCCCCAAGAUCUACCGUCCGUCCCACGCCGCGAUCCAGGGCUCGCACGACGUCGACGAUUCGUAAAUUGUAUCAAUGUAUCAGCGCACCACCAUAUCCAGCAUUCAGUAUCCAUUCAGUAGUAAAUGGAUGCGUCGUCUUACGAG